AUGAUUUUCCUAAUAGUCGCGGCGUUUGCUUUUUCUCUUGAUGCUCAACAAAUAACAGUGAAUACACCGCUAGGAAGUGUUACGGGUUUCCACGUUAACUACGGAAAAAAUAAUGGAUCAAGUUUGUGGUACGGCGAAGGAGACAUCUUUCUUGGGAUUCCCUUUGCUCAGCCGCCCGUUGGCAAUCUUCGAUUUCAGGCACCACAACCGAUUCGUCGUUAUCCAAAUGGAAACGUUGAUGCAACACAGUACAAAGCCGCGUGUCCUCAAGGACCCGGGCCGAUGUGCCGAAAUCAGUCGGAGGAUUGUCUAUACCUCAACGUCUACUCCCCAAAUGUCUCCUCCCAGAAUAAAUACCCUGUGAUGAUCUGGAUCCACGGGGGAGCACUCCUCACUGGAUGUGCUUCAAUGGCUCCGUACAAGGGCGCUGUCCGCAACUUGGUCUCUCAUGGUGUUGUGGUCGUUGUGCUUCAGUAUCGGCUCGGUCUGCCCGGAUUCUUUACAACAAACACCCCAGAUUUCCCGGCAAAUCGAGGGCUGUUGGAUCAGCUGGAAGCUCUUAAAUGGGUUCAACAGAAUAUCGCCUCAUUUGGCGGAAACCCUCAACUUGUCACGUUGUUCGGAGAAUCGGCUGGCUCAAUGUCCGUCUCCGCGCACACUUUUUCUCCGUUGAGUAGAGGACUUUUCCAUCAAGCCAUCAUGGAAUCGGGUUCACUUUUCACGACCCUAGAUGGCUACAAUGUCUACAAAAACUUGAGCGCCACAAGAGCGCAACAGCUUUGCGGCAUCCCGGUUUCCCAAUUCCCAAACGCGAACAGAGAUCAGUUGCUCGGUUGUAUGAACACAUUGCAACCACAACAGUGGACCGCAUUGGAUCAGACUGAGCAGUCCGGUUGGCCGAUAAUUCUCGACAAUAAUUUCCUGCCGGCCACACCCGAAACUCUGAAUUCCCAGAGGCAGAGAAUGCCGGUGAUUUAUGGAAACAUGAAGGACGAAUACGCUUUUGUGUUAUACAUAUCGAUGGGUCCUCCACAAAAUGUCCCGAUGUCGGCCUUUAGCCGGCAAUACGUGCAAAAACUGUUGCAGGACGCGAUUCCGUUUUAUGGGAGCAGUUUGCCACUUGUAUGGAAUGUCACUAGCAAUGCCUAUUUACCCAAAGGGACAUCGGACAGUGAUGCAGCGACCUGGUGGAUGACCGCUAAUAAUAUGCUCACAGGACUGACUUUCACGCAAUGGAUUGUGAAAGAUGCAAAGAUGCAAUUGAAAAACGAGAACUCGAAUGUGUACCUCUUUGAGCAAACAUAUCCAACAAAGAUGGCACAACCGAGUGCUGCGAGUGAGGUGGUUACACAGCAAUUGGGAGGAUAUCGACCGGUCGCGCACACCGCCGAGCUUCCCUACAUUUGGAUGAUGACCGAUAAGUUUUGGGUGAGUGAAUUCGAUGUGGCACUGGCUAACGCCUACGGACUCUGGUGGACAAAUUUUGCGAAACACGGACGACCAACUCUGGAUGGUUCGUGGUCGCCGGUUCAACUGGGAACCAAUCAAUUAAACCAUUGGAGAAUCGACGAUCCGCAAAAGGGCGGAAUGCAAAUGAUUCGAGGCUACAGGGACCGGGAUGAUUUUGUUUAUCAGCAGCUUCUUCCAAAUUUACUCGCUCGACGGUCAGCAGGGACGAGCAACACACAAUCAUUUAUCCAAGCUGUAACCAAUAAAUAU